AAACUCGGCCGGAGUGAGAAGCGACCUCGCGCGUCCAUGGACUUUAAUUGACUGGCGACUGUGGCGACUCGUUGCGAGGUAAAGGGCCCGAGGCGCAGAAUUAAGAGGAAAGUCAUACUGGACUACACCAGGCAAAAGACCACCGCGCAAACUAGGUACCAAGUCUACUGAACCAGCCAGUUUUGCCUGCGUCAGGGGUGUGGGGCUGAGUCCCAGGCCGUCGGCUGUGGCUGCAGGCACGGCUAAAGGAGCAGCCGGCGCUCAAGCGCUGUCAGGCGGGGAUACCCAGCGCGCGGGUGGCGUCAGCAGCUGACCAUGAGCGGCGAAUACGCUACCUCUACUCUGGAGUGGGGCCAGCGGCGGUGGCGCCUGACUGUCCAUGUGCGGACGCAGAAGGUGCUGGAGCACACGGCGCAGCAGCUGGCUGGUGGAAGGCCCAAGGAGGAGGUCAUUGUUGGCUGGGGCAACGCCAACACUGGCUAUGGCGGUUGCAUCAGCAGGUUGGGGCGGGGCCCAAACCGGGCACUGCUCCGCCUGCUGGUGGACAAGUACGCGCACCUGGUGGUGUACGUGGACGAGUUCUACACAUCGCAGGGACGUGACGUCAACUCCGCAACCAACAUCCGGCACGCGCUGGUGGAAAUGCUGCUGGGGCACAAGCGACCUGCAUCGCUGCAGACUGGCGGCGGCGGCGGCGGCGGCGGCGGCGGCGGCAGCGGCGGCGGCGGCAGCGGCGGCGGCGGCGGCGGCAGCGGCGGCGGCGGCGGCGGCAGCGGCAGCGGCGGCGGCGGCGGCAGCGGCAGCGGCGGCGGCGCGUGCGCGCAUCUUGGUAGCGGAGGGGGCGGGAAAGGCCACGUGGAGGAGGAGAGCGCAGCGCCGCCCAAGAAGCGGCGCAAGCGCGCAGGCUGAGGAGCCGGCUGGUGUCUAGUGUAGUGCGGUGCUGUGGAAACGAUGGUCUGUCAUCUGCUAGCUAGUCCUUUUACUGUCAGGAUAACGCAGCACAACAAGUGGUAUCGAGACCAGCUAAAGUCACGGGUUCGAUCCGCGCCACCUGCUGGGCACGGAAGUAUGCAGGCUCUGCUUCCGGGGAUACGUCUGAACUGUGGAGUAUCGCAGCUCUGCUCCCGUAUCUGCGUGUUGAAUUCGUCGGGACGCCUCAUCUGGAGGGGGGAUAGUUGUAGUGCGGUGCUGUGGAAACGAUGGUCUGUCAUCUGCUAGCUAGUCCUUUUACUGUCAGGAUAACGCAGCACAACAUCUAGGUAGCGGUCCGCGGUGGAGCUGGCAGGGCUUGCGUAGCGGCGUGACAAGUAGUGCGGCUGUUGACAACUGUGCUGCGUCUGGCUGCGGUUGGCUCUGCUGUGGCAUCGCGACUGCUAGAUAGGCACCUGGUUUGGCUAUGUGCCUGUGGAAACCGACCCCGGCUAUGUCCGGGCGAUGAGGUUGUUCGGCCUCAGACUGUGGAGGGGCUCAGCCCCUUUUCCCGUGACCGGGGAACACUUGUCCUGUCCUCAAAGCGCGUUAGA